AUGAAGUUCGAUGAUUUUCUAAUAUUAAUAAAUGAUUGGGGAAGAUUUCAAAAAGUAAAAUAUACAAUUAUAUGUUUAACAUAUAUGCUACCACCAAUUAUGGUUUAUACAUAUUCAUUUACAGCAGCAACACCAAAUUUUCGUUGUCGAAAUCCAUCGCAGUGGUUAAAUGAUUCAUAUAGUAAAACAUCAAAUUCCAUAUUUAAUGAAAAAUAUCGACCAACAAAUGAAGAAUGUUUAUCAAAUAAAAAAUCGAUCUCAUUAAAAGAAUGUCAACGAUGUUUUAUUCGAUCAACAACUUUUAAUAAUCAAUCAAUGGAUGAUACAUUACAAUCAUGUCAAUCUUAUGUUUUUGAUCGACAAUAUUAUAAAGACACAUUAAUUGAAGAGUGGAGAAUGAUUUGUAAUCGUGUAAGUUAUCGAUCAUGGGCUCAAAUGAUAUUCUUUGUUGGUUAUAUGGUUGGCUCAAUUCUAUUUGGAAUUCUUGCAGACAAAUAUGGUCGUCGACCAAUAAUGAGUAUUAGUUUUAUUUUAAUGACAUUCUCUAGUUUAUUAUGUACAUUUGCUCCACAGCAAUCUUUUGGAUUUGGACCAUCAUAUAUUAUAUUUGUUUUAGCAAGAUUUUUACUUGCUUGUUCUACAAGAGGAAUAUCUGUAUCUGGAUUUGUACUUGCUUCUGAAAUAGUUGGACCAAAGAAACGACUCUUAACUGGAAUUGUCAUUGAAUAUUUUUUUGCAUUUGGUCAAAUGAUUUUAUUAAUAUUUGCUUAUUUUAUUCGUUCAUGGCGUAUAUUAACAUUUUCAAUAGCAUUAUUUACUGUUCCAUAUAUGCUUUUUUAUUUUAUAUUACCGGAAAGUCCUCGAUGGUUAAUUAGUAAAGGUCGAUUUGAUGAAGGAGAAAAAAUCUUAAGAAAUAUAGCAAAAAUAAAUAAUUGUGUUUUCAAUAGUGAUGCUUAUAAAAAAUUAAAAGACGAACAAAUUAAAAAUAUGUCUGAAAAAAAUAAUCAACAAGGUAUUAGAAGUUUAUUUCAAUCAAAAAUAAUGACUAUUAUUAGAUCAUGGCAAUUAAAUCCAUAUUUAUCAUUUGGUGUGAGUGCAUUUGUUGAAUUACUCUCAUAUAUUUUUGUUCAUUCAAUUCUUGAUCGUAUUGGUCGAAAAAUUCCUUAUGUUGGUUUUCUUAUUAUUUUUUGUGUUGUUUCAAUCUUAAUACUUCCUGUUGAAUAUUUAAUGGAAAACGAUGGAAAAGGUCAACGAUUAUUAUUGAAUAUAAUAAAUGGUACAUUAAAAUUUUUAUCAUCAGGUUCUUAUGCAAUUAUUUAUAUUUACGCAAAUGAAUUAUUUCCAACAAAUGUACGAAAUACUGGUAUGGGUAUUUGUUCAAUGGUUGCACGUAUAGGCGCUAUUAUUGGAACUUAUUCUAAUGAUAAUUUAACACGUUUAUGGAUUCAUCUUCCAAUACUAUUUUAUGGUAGUGUAUCACUUAUUGCUGCUCUACUUGCUUUAAUGUUUCCUGAAACAUUAAAUCAACCAUUACCUCAAUCAAUAGACGAUGUUGAAAAAAUGAAUUUAAUGAAUAUUCGAAUUUAUCGAUCGAAGCGAUUAAUUAAUGAUAAAAUUCAACUUAAUGAACAACCAGGGAAAAGAUUUGCUAACUAUAUCAACCCACAAUUCGACAAUAAUGAAAGUCAAUAUAAAGAAGAACAAGUCACAAGAUUUUGA